CAAUCAUGUGUACUUCUUUCCUUAUUGCACUCGGCGCAUGGUUUCACCUUCAGCUCCUUCCCUUUGUAUGGCAAGGAAUUCGAGUAGCUACUUGGUGAAAGCAAAAAAUGUUUUGUGGAUUACACAUAAAAUGCUUCAAAUUCAAAUAUUUUCAAGUAUUGGCUAUUUUUCUUAAUCAAGUGCGAGUUAGAGAUGUUGCAGUCUCCUGACGUAAAGAUAGCUGUCAGAAUGUGGCUGUUGAUUGUGCUGAGAUGGAUCUGAGUAGCCUGAUAGCAGGGUUUUGAUGCCUCAUAGCAGGUAGCACUUAUGUGCUGUUAAGCUGUAAAAUCUUCAGAAGCUUUUCUGCAGCUUUGUAUUCAGUUGUGAAAAUUGCUUCGGAGGAAGAAAAGUACAGAGCAGUUUGCUAAAGGAUCAGGGAUAUAAUAAUGGUGGGAAGUGUGCGGGUUAAAGACUCCCUUAUGACCAUAUGAUUGAAACUGCAACUCUCUUUCCCAGUGUUGGGCUUCACAAAAACUUUUCGCUCAGUCCAACGAAUGUUUCUUUAGCAAUGGAGCAGCAGAGAAAAGAUGGGGAGGUGACACUGCAAGGGACCUCUGUUGGGAAGAGCCCUAGUAAGGUAAUUCAAAACAGUGUCAGUGUAGACAAGACUCUGUGUCACUCUUGUGUCAUCUGUGGCAAGAGCUUUCCUUUUCAGAGCUCCCUCUCACAGCAUAUGAGAAAGCACACUGGAGAAAAGCCAUAUAAAUGCCCUUAUUGUGACCACAGGUCUUCUCAGAAAGGAAACUUGAAAAUCCAUCUCCGUACCCAUAAACUGAGCACAUUGAGUCAAGGGCCUGAUGUAGAUAGUGGGGAAGGCCACCUUGGAGAAGCGGGGGUCUCUGAGGGACUCGAUGGCUGUACUAGCCCAACAAAAAGCACCUCAGCCUGUAACAAGAUUCUGAAUGGGCCUUCACAGACAGAAAAUGGUAAGAUUCUGUUGAGAAGUAUUAAAAAAGAGAAGGGAACAGCUACACAGGACAGUGGUGAUGAUAAAUCACAAACACUGCGGUGUUCUUUCUGCAAACGCAAAUUUAAUAAAAAGAAAGAGGUUGAACAACACAUACAGCUGUCACACAAACCUUUUAAAUGUCGUCUUUGUGGUUUUAUAGCAGUACGGGAAGAUGAACUACACAGUCAUGUUGAGAAACUUCACAUAACUUGUGAAGCACCUCCUGGCAUGAGCUGUGUGGAAAAUGUGAAAAGUGAACAAAGCGCAGGGGAGUUCCCAUGUGAAGACUGUGGACAGUGUUUUAGUCAGUCCUGGUUUCUAAAGGCCCAUAUGAAAAAGCACACGGGCUCCUUUGAUCAUGGCUGUCAUAUUUGUGGAAGAAAGUUUAAGGAACCCUGGUUUCUUAAAAAUCACAUGAAGUCUCAUGCCCCCAAAACUGCCAACAAAAAUAAACCUAGUUCUGAUUCAGAACCCAUGGCUACUAUCAAUGAUGUUGCCCAAGAGGAAACCAUGAUGACUGGAUUAUCACUGUAUGAAGUCUGCACAAAGUGUGGAAAUGUGUUUACAAAUCUAGAAAGCUUGAAAGAACAUGAAAAAGUGCACAUCAGAAUAGCAGAAGAGUUUGCCUUAGACAAAACUGAGGCAAGCUGGAUUAAGUUACUUACUGGAACUGCUAAACCUGCAGAAAAGAAAUCUUUCUUUGAGUGCUUGAAUCUGAAACCAUCUUUAGAAUGUAGGGAUGAUGUAAUUGGCCAGUGUGGAAAGCGAGUAGCUGAGCUAGAUCCAGUCAACAGUUACCAGGCUUGGCAGCUGGCAACGAAGGGAAGAAUUGCAGAGGUUGGUGAGUACACAAAGUAUGGUAUUUGUGAUGAAACCCUUGUUGACGCAGAUGUAGCAUAUGACAAAGACAAAGGAGAGUAUGUUCUUGUUAGUCAGGAAAAAAGGAAACGGGAGCAAGAUGGUCAGAGUUCUGUCAACACUAAAAAGCGGAACAGUAGUACCAGCCGUUCAGACAAAGUUACUAAUUUGCAUAUUGGCACUGGCACUACAGAUGAGAACAUGGAUGUGGAUUACAAGCCUUCUACCCAUCAAAACAGAAGGUCUUCACAAACUAAAUCAACAGAGUGCUUUGAAUGUGGGAAGGUCUUUCGAACAUACCACCAACUGGUACUUCAUUCAAGGGUGCACAGGCGGGGGCAGAGAACAGUCAGCGAAAGUGGGCAAACGUGCCAAGGAGAUCGAUGUGGAUCUACUAGUGAAGGGGAUUCUGGCUGUGCAAGCAGGCCAAGUACUCCAGGAUCUUCUGCCCCAGAGGAUUUACAUGCUUCUGUAGCUGGAGAUUCACAUGUUUUGAGAGAUGGGGAAGUGUGCCAUACUAAUGAUACAGAGGAAGCAGUUCACUCAUUACCAAAUAUGGAGCUGCACAGGUGUUCUCAUUGUGAGUUUUCAACUGCUGACAUUUCUUUGCUCAAAUCUCAUGAGGUCCAGCAUGAGAAGCUAGACCAAGAUAUCAUUACAGAGAUUACCUGUCAUGAAGUCAAACCAGAUGUGUCAGUCAGCCCUUAUGUUCCCAGCAGUAACCAUGAGGGGUCUUUGGUUAAAUGUGAAGAUGGUAGCUCUCCUGGUCAUGUGGCAUUAGGCAUUAUUGCACCAAAGGAAGAAGACCCCACAAGCAUAGCUGCUGAUGUUACUGAUGGUUCUUUUGCUGAGGCCAUUGUUCCAGAUGACAUAAUGGACAUGGAUACUAAUGUGUUGCCACAGCUGGAAAGCCAAGUACCAAGCCUGCAAAAUGAGGAGUCUGAAAUGGAAACUGAUGUUAAUCAGGUGCAGGCUGCUACACCAAUGGAUCUAAGUGAAAAAUCUAGUAGAUCGAAGUCAUGGGGUAAUAAUGCUAGCUUCUCAGUGUCGGAGAGUGUUCUUGUGACCCACCAGUGCCCCUAUUGUUCACACACCACCUUUUAUCCUGAAGUUUUAUGGAUGCACCAAAGAAUUUGGCAUAAGGUCAGUUGUAAUGAUAUGGCUCCUCCAUGGAUUCAAAAGAAUGGAUUUAAAAACAUCAAAAGUAACACAGCUAACCAGAGCAAAAGUGGACGUACAGGGCCGCCUCCUUUCCUUGGCGGUAAAGAGUGCAGCCCUUUACCUGCUACCAAAUUCACACGUACUCUGGCACCAAGUAACGGAGUGCAGGCAGCUCUAAAACAGAGUACUUCACCAGCUGGAACUACUAGUAAUUUGUCUGCUGUCUUAAAGAGUAGAGAAUCCAACUCAUUUGGAAGACCUGCUUCAGUACCUUCCAAUUUAGACAGCUACAGGAAUCCAAAAGUACAACAAAACCAGAUGCCACACACUAGCACAGUAGGGGAAUCACAGCAGAAACUUAAAACUGAAGAUCACUUGAAUAUAAGCAGAACUUACAGUGGUGUGGUGGGAGAACCACAGCAAAAACUUAAAGUUGAAGAUCAUUUGAAUGUAACCAGAACUGGGGGGAUUGACAAAACUAACUCUUCCUUACAACCGGUGACUUUGAGACCUAAUGCACAGUCUGUAAAUAAAACAGAAAAAUAUACGGUUACACAGGAAAGUCCAGGAAUUGUGCUUCCUCCAAACAUUUACCCAUCCAGUCAGUUGAAAACCAAAUUCAGUCAACAACAGCAGCAGUAUCAGUCUUUACCAAAGCCUGAGCAGCCUGUUAAUCCUGAAAGUAUUUCAGCUUCAUUACGGGAAUAUCAGGCAAAGACUGUUAACGAGCUGAGGACACAGACUAACUGCACAGUGGGAGCAAGGCCUGCUCCUGGUACACAAACGGCACAGACUAGUGGAGGGGGUCUCCCUUCAGCAGUACAUGCUGUUAAACAGGACCAAGUGUCGGAAGAGAUUGAUAAACGUCUUUUAGAUAUCUUUAAAACAUACAUUCCAAAGGACCUAGCAACUACACUGUACCAAAGCUGGAGUGCUAACAGUCAUUCUGUGGACACAGUGGGGAUGCUUAGGACACAAGCACGCCAAGGAGAGUACAUGUGUAAGGACUGUGGGAAAUGCUUCAGCCAACCUAGUCACUUUAGGACACACAUGCGGUCCCACACAGUGGUAUUUGAGUCUAAUGGACUCCGAGGUACUGAAGUUCACACCACCUCCGCAGAUGCCCCAAAACAAGGGAAAGACCGUUCCAGUGCAGACUCUGCCCAUACAGUGCUUCUCAAAAAGGGAAUCUGAAAACACAUGUGCAGUGUGUGCACCGUGUGCCAUUUAACAACAGCCAGUACCCUGAUUAAUUUCAAGCAACAGUUAAGCAUGAUCCCAGCAGGCUUUCAGAAAUGUAUGCAUUGUUUUCUGUUGUCAGCUCAAGGACACAACAGUGGCCAAGUGUCCGUUAGUGCACAGUGGAGAAUGCGUCUGCCAUUCUGUUAUGGUUUCAUGGAUAGUUCUGUAUCCGUUUCAGAAAAUGUUACUACUUUGAUCCUUUGGGUCAUGUUUGGAGAAGAUGCAGGUUGAAGUACUGAAUUUAAUCCUACAGUCACUAGUGCACAAAGAGAUUUUCAUUACGGCAAUUCAGUGUUGCACUAAUCGUAUGUGCACCUGAGACAAUAUUUUAACUGUUUUUAGGACGCUGCAGUUUUAAUUUUCCGAAGACUCUAAAAUAGCAUGAAAGCGUUAGGCAUCAUUAUAUGUGCUUUUUAAUGUGUCAAAGGAGGGAUACUUUCUCUGAAUUUCAGUAGUUUUAACACUGUAGCAUGGAACCUCAUGUUGCUUAUACACACUGAAAGUUUGCAUACUGAGUUUUUCACUCAGUGUUCGUUUGCAGUGAUAUGAACUGACUUAAUUGUGAUGGCAUUUACUGAACAGACUUUAGAAACAUCAAGAGAUUAUUAAUAUAUCUGUGAUCCAGGAGAAAUUUAAUGAGGAGUGGUUGGUUGAUCAUUGCAGUGUUGCGGCCAUUUACAGUUUUAACAUGCACCAUGCUUGAGAAGGAUUGUGCAAUGGUAGGAGCAUGAAAUGGCAUUCCACUUCAGAACUGAAAAGCCAGUAGAACACUAAGAGGGAUGUUUGUCUGUCCCACUCUCAGGACUUUGUGUAACAGGGCUAGUUUCCAAAGUCUGUGCUCACAAAGGGAUUACACAGGUUUCUGUGUAUGAGAAAUGAAUGAGCAAUAAUUAGUUUAAAAUAUUUGAUUAUUGAUGGCAACUUGAGUACAUUCAUUAACUUGAAAUUCUGGGAAAUUGGUUCUUAAUGGUGCAUUUUUCCACAUUUAUUGUGGAGUAAUUCAAGACACAUUGUGUGUAUAAGAUGUAUAUAUACAUGCGCGCACACACACACACACACACACACACACACACACACACACACUUGUGCACACAUACUUGUAUGUAUGCAUUUGUGUUUGUCAGACUUCAGUUACUGGCACCUUGAAAUUUGUGAAACUGCUUUGUGGUUGCUAAUUCGCUUUUAGGUAGUUUCCUUGUCAUUUUUUUCAGUCUGUGUCCGCUGCGGGGGUUUCUUAGAAAAUGCUUUAUAUACCUCUUCUGCAGUAACUAGUUUAAAAUACCCGUAAACCUCCCAGUGGAGGUUUUGGCACAUGAGAUAAGCCAUGCAGCAUAAAUGAUGGGGAUGUACUUAAAUAUUUUGUAUUAUUGUCACAACACUGUAAUGUGUUGUGUAAUAUUUUUGAAGGGGUUCUGGAUUUUGCACAUAAAAAAUUUAUGCAUUACUAAAAGUUACUGCUGCCUUGAAAACAGAUUCUGUGAAAAAUGUAAAAGCUUUACUAGAUUUUUUACUUGUAACAUUUUGUAAAGGCGGAAAAAUUCUAGCAUGCUACAUAUAUUUUCAAGAAACAAUAGUUUUACAUGUAAAGUAAUUAUUCAUUAUUUCUGUACUGAUGGGAGCAAGAGUUAACAUAAACAUGGAGUAAUAACUUAACUACACAAAUGAUUCUUCAGAGACAAAUUUAAAUAUUAACAACAUUAACUAAAAUGUGAUUCUGUUGUCCUGCUAAUUUGUUUGUAGCAUCAAUUAUUUUUGCAUAGAGUUUCUGCUAGUCACCCCUUUUAGUUUAUUUUGCAGUUUUGUUAGUUUGCAGCAGUAGUGAUGAUGCAGUGUAAUUCACCCAUUAGCAGUUCUACUUUUUUCCAAUACAGACGUAAACCAAGUAUUCACCAAAAAAAAAAAAUGUCACCAGUGUGUAAUUAAUUAGGUAAUGUCUGUUAAGGUUUUGAUGACUGUAAUUGACACUUCUUUGUGUUUGUUUUUAAGCACAUCCACUUCAGUGUGUAUAGUUUUCUGUUUCAGUGACCUUCAUUAAUUGACAACCAGUCUUGGCCAUUUUUGAUUGGUAAUUGUUAUUCCAGUAAAGAGUAAAACAGUACUGUAAAAUUAUAUGGCAGACUGAUCAACUUUUUCCCCUAUGAACAUUUAAAAAAAUGUUCCACACCCCCCCUCCCUAAAAAAAAAUAAAUGGUACACUUUAUUAGAUUUGCAUUGCUCAGCUGUUUGUGGGAAACACUCUGCUUAAGGCUAAUACAUUGACAGCACCUGCACACAAAGUUUGCUGAGAAGUAAUUUGGAAGGUGAAAGAGUUGAUUGAUACUGCCGUAUUAGUAUAUUAACACAUAAAAGUUGUACUGCAUAGAGACAAAACAGGAGGAGAUCAAAAUCAUGCUCUGCAUAUUGCAAAUGUGGUCACUUGAAAUCAAGUGCCUCAGCUAAAAAUAAAAAUUUUUUGUUACUAGAGACGUUUCAUCUCCCUUAGCCCUCAAGCAGUAUUGCAUUGAUUUAGCUAGGUCAGGUAGGUUAUAGUAUUUAAUAUGAUUUAAUAUUAUUUAUUUAGUCUAUGUGUUGAUCAACUUUUAAAUGACUUUUCUUAGCAUGACACUCGUGUAAAGCAUACAUUGACUGUUACAGAUAUUUUCUACUACCUCUACAAAUCUGCUGUUUUUCACUCCUAACAGGUUUUGUAAAAUUUCAAUCUACUGUAAUUUCCAAAUAAAGUUUGAUUAUCCUUA